CACCAGAUUAUACGAUCUCAGAUAAUAAUUUAAUUGGUUAGUACAACACUAAACAUUUAGUUCAAGAAAAAUGCCCAGGAAGAGUUGUUCCUUAUUUAUAUCUUUUCUCCUUUUUGGUAUUGCAUUGACAGAGUUUUGUACUGAUAGGGCUAGUAAAUAUUGCAGAUGGACGAACAAAAUGUUUCCCUAUGCCCGAAAUGAUGAGGAAUACUGCAAUCGUGUGAGAAUGUGGAUCAAGUGUUUCAAAGGCGUAUCCGAUUAUUGUAUUCUGUUAUUCGAAACUGUGAUGAAACUGAUGUGUGAGAAGAAUGACGAGCUAAACUUUGGCCCCUUGGAUAGGAGCAAAAGAAUAAAAAGAAAGACGUCUGUAUUGAAAUCAUCCAUUCGGUACCCAUUGCGAAUGCCGUGGACCAAUUAAUCAAUGAAUAGGAAUAUAGAUGUGACACCAGAAAUUAUCUGAAAAGGAGAAGGAAUGUUGAUGUAAAUAAAUGUAUUUAUGCACAUCGUAA